UUUUUUCAUUUUUUCUAGCAAACUAAAAAAUAUUUCAGCAACUUUAUUUUCUUAUUAUUCGAAAUAAUGUCUUCUGAAACUCAACCAAUUACUGACUCUAACACUACCGAAAAUCUUCAAGCGGAGGAGCACAAGCCUGAAGAGGUCGUCAAGUCUUCGGAAGAGCAAACUCCAAUGGACACUUCGAAUCAGACUUCGACUCCGAUUGAGACUCCUGCUCCGGUACCAGCUGAGACGCCUGUAGUUACUGAGACUUCUACUCCUGUUGUGCAAGCAACUGAGGAUAAACCGGCCAUUGAGACUCCGACUAAUGAGGCUACGCCUGACGAGGCGCAGAAGACUACUGAGGAGAAGCAGCGUGAUGCGACUCCGACUCCGCAGAAUAAGCAAACGGAGAAUUUUGGAGCGACUUCUGAGGGUGUUGUUUCGGGCAACAAGAAGACGGAUGAUAAGGUCAGUAGCAACAACGUUUCUGCAACUAAGGCCAUGCCUACGCGUCAAUAUCUGGAUGAGACUAUUGUUCCGAUUUUGCUUCAAGCUCUUAGCGCUCUUGCAAAGGAGAGACCGGCCGAACCUAUUGACUUUGUCGCCAACUAUUUGCUGCGCGAGAAGAGCCGUUUCACCAACUCUUAUUCUGCUGGUGACCACUGA